ACCGACACGACCGCUUCUCACCUCCCUGCCGCUAAGCCCCGCACGCCGCCGCGAGACGUCACCGGAGAAGAACCCGCCGCGAGACGUCGCAGGACAGUACCCUUAGAUCCAUUUCAGAUUCACUGUCUAGGGUUGUCCUCGCCGUCCUGUUUCCCGGAUCCCCAUGCUUGGAGUGCCGAUAUCCUUUCAAUUUGUUGCAUUCUAGGAUGGCGACCCUGAGGAACUUGAAGAUCAAGACGUCGACGUGCAAGAGGAUCGUCAAGGAGCUGCGCUCGUACGAGAAGGAGGUGGAGAAGGAGGCGGCAAAGACCGCCGACAUGAAGGAGAAGGGCGCCGAUCCCUACGAUCUCAAGCAGCAGGAGAAUGUUUUAGCCGAGUCAAGGAUGAUGGUCCCGGACUGCCACAAGCGACUUGAAACUGCACUGGCAGACUUGAAAGCAACGCUGGCUGAACUGAAGGAGUCAAAUGAACAAGGUGCUGAGAUCGGAGAAGCUGAGAGUACAAUCGCAGAGGUUGAAGCUGUGGUCAAGCCAACAGAAGAAUGAAUUCUGAACUCCCAAUUGCUGAACUACUAGCAAGCAUCCUCAUUGCCCUUGUUGAGACCUUGUGAGCUCGUUAGUAAGAUGUGUUUGAUGUAAACUCAUGUACCAGUAUCUUGACUUGGAAAUUAUAUGACUAUGAAUGGGCAAGGAAUUGUGUUUGCUGCUCUGCUUA